AUGUCGCACGAGAACGUCUUCCACGCGGAGAAGCACUGCAACGACGCGAUACACAACCCAUCGCGCGCGGGGACGUCGCACACGGAUCGCGAGAUACAGGCCGCGGCGGAUCUCAUCGGGCGCGACGCGGUCGUCGUCACCGCGACGCGCGCAAGGCGCGAGGGCAAACGACGCGCGCGCGAGACGCUCGUGAAUGACGUGUGCGCGCGCGGUGAAGCACUCGGGGACGGAUGCGUGCUCCUCGGCGCGGGGGGGGAACGGGGAGGACGCUACGACGCGACGAGGAAAAAAAAUAAAAAAUUCGACGGCGUCGUCGCGCGCGUCGACACGAGCGCUCUGCCCGGGGGGGACAGCGGGAAUGCGGAACGUCAACCGUCGCGACGACGACUAGGAGUGCUCGACCACGCGAACAGGUGGAAGACGGAGGCGCGGAUCGUCGCAGGGGGGACCGCGGGCGCGCGCGCGCUCCGAGAUGCGCGCGCGGCAGCGAAGGCGAGUCCGUAG